CCCAGUCCUCCUGUCAGCACUGAGGGGCCCAGUGCCAUGCCACAGUCUACAAGCCAAGGUGCCCCCUUGUUUCCCCUCACAGGGGCUCCAGGAACCCAGAGAGCCCUCAGUGUGCCUUCCCUUCCCCUACCCCCCAUCAUGGCUGCCACUCCAUGGAGCCAAUCCAAAGAUGAGGCCUCCAGAAGCCAAGAUGAGGAGGAGCCGAGCACCUGGCGGGACCAGGAAGGUGCAAAGUCCAUGCACCCAGACCCACUGCAUCUGCUGGUGGUGGAGCUGGUGGGCUUCCUGUUCCACAAGUAUUGCACCAAAGAUCCAACCACGAAGGAUGAAAUCCUAAACAUGUUCCUCAGAGAGGACGGGCACCACUUCCCUGAGGCCAUCCACCAAGCCUCAGAGUGCCUACAGCUGGUUUUCAGCAUGGAUGUGAGGGAGGUGGAUCACCCAAAGCACAUCUUCAUGCUAGUCCCCACCCUGGGCCUCACCUGCAAUGGGAUGGUGAGUGAUGGGCACAGCAUGCCCAAGGCCAGCAACCUGGUGGUGGUCCUAGGCAUGAUCCUCCUGGAGGGCAACUGUGCCCAUGAAGAGGAGAUCUGGGAAACCCUGAAUGACAUGGGCAUAUAUGUCAAGAGGGAGCACUACAUUU